AUGGCUUUACUCUUUCGCUUUUUGCAGACCUUUGCUCUGCUCCUUCUGGUCAGCUCGGCAGUUGCUGAACACACCUCCAACUGGGCGGUACUAGUUUCGACCUCGCGCUUCUGGUUCAAUUACCGCCACCUCGCCAACGUCCUUUCAUUAUACCGAACUGUCAAACGCCUCGGCAUUCCCGACUCCCAAAUAAUUCUUAUGCUGCCCGAUGACAUGGCAUGCAACCCGCGAAACGCCUUUCCGGGAACCGUCUACAGUAACGCGGACCGCGCAGUCGACCUCUACGGAGAUAACAUCGAGGUGGACUACAGGGGCUACGAAGUGACCGUGGAGAACUUCAUUCGACUCUUGACCGAUCGCCUUGACGAGGACGUCUCACGUAGCAAGCGUUUGGGCUCCGAUGCUGGUAGCAAUGUCCUAGUUUACAUGACCGGACACGGCGGCGACCAAUUCCUCAAAUUCCAAGAUGCUGAAGAGAUCGGUGCAUGGGAUCUGGCAGACGCAUUUGGACAAAUGUGGGAGAAGAAGAGAUACCACGAAUUGUUGUUCAUGAUCGAUACUUGCCAGGCCAACACGAUGUACACCCAUUUCUAUUCGCCAAAUAUUGUGGCCACUGGCUCUAGCGAGCUUGAUCAGUCUUCCUACUCCCAUCAUGCGGACAACGACGUGGGUGUUGCUGUUAUUGAUCGUUGGACGUACUACGUCCUUGAAUUCCUUGAGACACAAGUCACAAGCGCCAACUCGAAGCUCAACCUGGGUGAUCUAUUCGAUUCAUAUGACGAAUCGAAGAUUCACUCCCAGCCAGGCGUCCGAUGGGAUCUUUUCCCAGGUGGCGAACAGGAGGGCCGUCUCCGAACUGUGGUUGACUUCUUCGGCAACGUUCAGAAUGUCGAGGUCGAGAACGCCAACGCUACUGAGCCCGGCUCUCUCAAGGAGGACCUAGCUGAGAUUAUGCGGCUGGUCGAGAAAUGGCAGAAGCGUGACGAGGAAUACUCUGCCAUCGUUGGCGAUUCCGCUCACAAUACCACCGAAGAAAUGCCUUCAUUGUCCCACGUGAACUUGGCCCCCAUGAAGACUGUUGGGUCAACCAAAAUGGCCGAAGACAGCAAUUGGGCUAAACAGCUGAUUGGUCUCUCUGUCCUUGGUGCAUGCACCGCAAUCUGGGCAGCGGGUUCCAUUCUAGGUCGUUCCGCUGUUUAA